UAAAUAACUAAUGAAUCUAAAAGCAAAAUAACAGCUGUUUUUGUAUUUAUUUGGAAGCGGUAGAUGAAAAUUUUUGUGAAUGCGGCGCGUGUUUCAUUCGUUUUCAAGUGUUAUGUCAAAGAAUAAAAGUAAAAAGUCUGCUCCCGUCCUUGCCGUAGAUGAGAAGAAAUCAAAUGAUGGUCCCGUGCAGUUGGAUAAAAGCGACAUAGGAAUUGAAGGAGUUGGAGUACAAAUUGCAGCACCUCCCACAGAAGGAGAAGCAAACGCAGAGCUAGUGAAAUAUCUAUCCAAACUGUUGGGAUUACGGAAAAGUGAUGUAUCGCUGGACAAAGGAUCUCGCUCACGCAAUAAAUUAGUAAUGAUUAGUAAAGGAGUUACUACAUUGGAGAAUAUAAAUGAAGCAUUAAGAAAGGAAUGCGAGUCGUAAAAUGUUUAUGGAAAUCCCUUAUCAUAUACAUA